GUAAAAAGGCCGUAGGGGGCAACCGGGACCAAGACCCGGCACCCAAGGUACAUGAUUUCUCCCCGCCCUCCACCUCGGACUCUCCACCAAUCACAAGGCCCCGCUUCCAGUACCGACCUAUUAAGGGAGGGACGAUUUAUCUCGUUACAAAUCUGGGAAUUUCAUUCAUAUUGAACUUUACGCUGGAUACGGGAGCGGAGGGACACAGGAGAAAUGGGCGGAGACAAUUACUCUAAGCCAACCGUGAGGGCGAACGCGUUGCUUGAGAUCGUAUUUUACCCUCUUGGAACAAGCCCGGAAGAAAAUUACCUCGGUUUCACUGAGAAGAGGCCGUGGACGCGGACAGGUUUGGAUUCGGAUUCAGCUUCCAUCACUUAGCGGUAUGCCAAGAAGCCUUAUCACACAGAUGUCCUUCGAGAUAAUAUGGAUCAGUCCGGAGUUCACCUCUGGGUGAAAGCAGAACCCUUUAUAGUGGGUGCCUUGCAGGUUCCCCCUCCAUCCAAAUUCAGUCUUCACUAUCUCAGGAAGAUAUCCACCUAUGUGCGAACCCGAGCCACAGAAGGAGCUUACCCACGCCUGUACUGGUCCACAUGGAGGCACAUUGCAUGUGGGAAGCUGCAGUUGGCUAAGGAUCUGGCCUGGCUUUACUUUGAAAUAUUUGAUAGUCUUGCGGUAAAGACACCAGAGGAGCGCCUGGAAUGGUCUGAGAUUCUGUCAAACUGUAUGUCUGAGGAUGAAAUUGAAAAACAAAGAAAUAAGCUUUCAGUGAACACCCUACAGUUUCUGCUCUUCUUAUACAUACAGCAGUUAAACAAGGUCUCCCUAAGGACAUCUUUGAUUGGAGAAGAGUGGCCUAGUCCCAGAAACAGAUCUCAGUCUCCUGACUUGACUGAAAAAUCCAGUUGCCAUAAUAAGAACUGGAAUGAUUACAGUCACCAGGCAUUUGUCUGUGAUCAUCUGUCAGAUCUCCUUGAGCUACUUUUAGAUCCAGAACAACUCACUGCAUCAUUUCAUUCAACCCAUAAUAGUCUAGUCUCUCGUGAAGCUGUUGUGGCCCUCAGCUUUCUUAUUGAAGGUACAGUGAGUAGAGCCAGGAAGAUAUACCCACUUCACGAGCUUGCUCUGUGGCAACCACUGCAUGCAGAAAGCGGCUUCUCACGGAUCUCUAAGACCUUUUCUUUCUACAAGCUGGAAGCCUGGUUGAGAGCCUGUUUGACUGGGAAUCCAUUUGGUACAUCUGCUUGCCUUAAGUCUGGAAAGAAAUUGGCUUGGGCUCACCAAGUUGAAGGGACGACCAAAAGAGCUAAGAUUGCUUGUAAUACACACGUGGCCCCUCGGAUGCACCGCAUGGUGGUGAUGAGCCAGGUUUACAAGCAGACCUUGGCCAAGAGCUCAGAUACUCUGGUGGGGGCACAUGUGAAAAUUCAUCGUUGCAACGAAUCUUUUAUAUAUCUGCUCUCUCCUUUACGAUCUGUGACCAUCGAGAAAUGUAGGAAUAGCACCUUCGUCUUGGGCCCUGUACAGACUGCUCUUCACCUCCACAGCUGUGACAAUGUUAAAGUCAUUGCUGUUUGCCAUCGUUUGUCCAUCUCUUCUACAACAGGCUGCAUCUUUCACAUUCUGACGCCUACACGCCCCCUAAUUCUCUCUGGAAACCAGGCAGUAACUUUUGCCCCUUUUCAUACUCAUUAUCCAAUGCUGGAGGAUCACAUGGCCAGGACUGGCCUUGCUACGGUGCCUAACUAUUGGGAUAAUCCAAUGAUAGUGUGCAGAGAGAACUGCGACACAAGUGUCUUCCGACUCUUACCGCCUUGUGAAUUCUAUGUAUUUAUUAUCCCCUUUGAAAUGGAAGGGGACACAACAGAGAUACCUGGGGGUCUUCCGUCUGCAUAUCAGAAAGCACUGGGUCAAAGAGAACAGAAGAUACAAAUCUGGCAGAAAACUGUGAAGGAGGCUCGUUUGACAAAGGAUCAAAGGAAGCAGUUCCAGGUACUUGUGGAGAAUAAGUUUUAUGAGUGGUUGAUUAAUACAGGACAUCGCCAACAGCUGGACAGUCUUGUGCCCCCUGCUGCCGGCUCCAAACAAGCAGCAGGAUAAGACUCCUACGUGGAAACACUGGGCCCUGGAAACAGGAGGGUGAAUGGAAGAUGGUACAUGUCUUGAAACUCAAUUGGGAAGAUGCUCCUGCUGCUUAAGAGACAUUGCAGUUUUUUCCUUCCUAUUUAAGACCGUUCCUUGAUUUCCAUUCCAUAUUGAUAUAUUACUGCUUAGGUCGAAUUUUAGGUGAACUUAGACAAACGUAUUGUUUAUAGAACAUCAGAAAGCUCAUCUUUGUGUUGCCAAAAUGAAGUUGAUGAAGGCAGUUUCGUUGUAUGUUAAUAUUGAAGUAACUGAUUGUAGAUUUGCAAGUAAAUUUCACAUUUUAAUUUAUAUGAUGAAAGGGUCUCAUCCUUUCUAUAGUUAAAUAAGAAUUUUAUAGUUCUUUGAAACUAUUUAAAAGGAAAUUGCUACUCCUUUUAAAAAUAACUGGGAUGAAAGUAUAGUUUGUUGGUAUAUAAAUAUAGCAGAAAUAGUUUUAUACAAAGAUAUUUUAGUCCUUAAAAGUAUGAAGCAAUGAAAUUGUGUAAAUUCUUUAUUUUUCAUUUUCUGCUUCACAUUUUCAAUAAGUAAAGUCUAAAAAGUAAUUUUCUCCUUUUGAUAAAAGAUAGAGAUUUAAUUUUAGAAAAAGGUUUUAUGGGGGAAGGAAAGAAUUUUUCCUCUAUCCUAGGUUCUUUAGGCUUUAGUCUAUUAAUUUAAUCGACAUAAGAUAGAUUAACAGGAGGCAAACAAUUUUAAUUAGAUUUCUGUGGGCGCCUCAUAAGAAUAUGAGUCCCAGGAACAAGUCAGGCAGUUGGCUUGUAUGCCACCCUGACCUAAGUAAUGGAAUAUAGGCCCAGGGCUUCAGAGGGAGAAGAGUAAUUCACAGUAUGUUAAGAAGAGUAGAUGUGUGGCAGUUAGAUGUUUGCCUUGUCAAACAGAUGGCUCAUUCAGAUUAAAACUUCUCUGUGGUAAUAGCUUUCCUUCUGGGCCAGGCCCCCUAUCUGAAUUAUUUUAGGUAGUUAAGGGAAGUUUUUCUUGAAUUUGCAGGGUCUUCAUCACCUUUAGCUCUAAAUAACUUACAUACUAAAGUAGCACAUUUUGGGGUCAUGUUUUCUCCCUCUCAGUUACCAAUGUCGCUUCGUGAUGUUAUAGCAAAAUAAAGUUUACAUUUGAUUGAAGAAGCUGUAUUCUUUAAGAUAAAGGAAAAGGAAUUAUUAAGUUAUUAAAUAAUUAUUAAAUUAUUAAAUGAAUCCGCUGAUAAGCAUUGUUUUGUAUGCUCAGUGCUCAUUGAAGUUGUAAUUAUAUUAAAAAAGGGCUUGAUCUAAAGUGAAAAAUUCUCAGAAUGUGUGUUAAUUCUAAUUGACGUUUUCAGUUUUUAUUUUAAGAUGAAAUUCAAGAGAGAAUUCAAUAAAGAAACACUGGAGUAAUAGAAGUGUGUUUUGGAAAUUGCUAUUAACAAAAUUAAUGGUAUCACUUCGAUACUUCCUUUCCUGUUUACCAAAUUCAGGAAGAUAAGCAUAUGACAUUGUUUCUUAAUAAUCUUCCUAACAAGGCACAUUUACCAUUUUUUGAAUUAACCAUAAUUUAUCCUGGGAGAAUCCCAUUUGUUGGAUGGCUUUAUUCAUAAAAACAUGAGAAAGAUGGACUUUUAAGAAGAGUGUACUUGACCAGGAAAAUGAAAGUAGAGAAGGAUUGACUUGUUUUUUUUUAAUUUACAUAAAAUGUAAUCUCAUUCCAAAAGUCAGAUGUAAUAGGUGCCAAGAAACGUCCCUGAACAGGUUCCCAUUGAAUAUCAUGGCAGAAAAAUGCCACCAACCAGGCAGCAAGCUGAGCUUAGCUCAACCUUGGCGGGACUGUGGUUCUCACGGUAGCUUUCUGUCCCUCAUGCUACAUUCUGUAGAGCCCUUUCUUGUGGAUCAGAACUUGUAUGUCCUGAAAAUUUUUCAAACUUAAAGAACAGUUGCAAGAAUCUGAAUCCCCACAUAUGCCUCGUCUAGCUUUAGCACUUACUAACAUGCCAUACAUUCACUUUACCACUCGAUAGUAGUAGUAUUUUUGCUCAGCAAUUUGAGAGUAGGUUGUAGACAUCUUAAACCUUUACUCCUAUAGACAUUAGCAUGUAUUUCCUAAAAAUAAAGACAUUCUCUUCUGUAGUUGUAGUACAAAUUACUAAAUUGACUAAAUUCAGGAAAUCUCACAAUGGCAUCAUAUACAGUCCAGAUUAAUAUUUUUGCUAAUCCUCCCAGAAAUGUCCUUUGUAGUGACAUUUUCCAAACAUAAGAUCAUGCAUUGUGUUUAGUAGUCAUUACAUUUUUUUGCUUUGGAACAUGUUACUUCUGUUCAGAAUUAGAGGGUGGCUUUUUGACUCUCCCGCAAGCUCUGUUGAAGAAAAAAGAAGACACUGGGGAUUUCAAGGUGGUGGCUUGCUAGAAAACCAAAUUGCCCAGGUAAGGGGGACUUUUUUGUUUUUAACUUUGAAAACUUUGGCUGGGUUUUGGUGCCUUGACUCAGCAAAGUCUACAAUACAGCAAGGCUUGGUAAGCAUUAGAAGGGGUACUGAAGCUUUCCUUUAUUUCAUAAUCCCAAUUGUUUUUCUAGAAACCAUCAAUAGCCUCUAAAUGACUGACUCAAUUUUUGGAUCCUAUUCUCAUGACUAAGCAAAUGUUUGAUUUGAAACCAGCCCAGUAUAAAUGUCUCUGUGCCUCUAACUCUCUGUAGCUAUUCCGGAUUCCAGCACUGGGGAAACCAGUCUAUGCACCAAAAUGUCUAAGUCUGGAACCAAGGUAAGUAACGGUCACACUCUGUAGCCUGCCACUUUCUUUUCCUUUGUACCUUUCUUUUCCAGUGUUUCCUUUCUUUCGGAAUAUUUCCUCUUUUCCAAUGUACCUAAAGAUACGUUGAAAGGAAUGUGGAGAAAAGCUUUUGCUUCUUUGCCUGGAGGUGAGUAUGACAGUGGUUUUGAAUGCUGCGACUGGGGGAGAGAAGAUGAAGAAAUGCUCAUUAUAUUUUUUACUCUAACAGAAUUCCCCAACAAGUUAUUAAGGGUGUAUCUUUGUGUUGGGGGUGGGGGGUGAUGUUCAAUACUGUGCAGGUAUAUAUCAGUUAAAUACCAUCAUGAUUUCUGCCUUGCGGCAACCAAUUUCCCCAGAAAUAGGACCUGCUAAUAAUAGGUAGAGUAGAAAACUGUUAGUAUUUAGUUAAAAACUGCUCUAUAAGGGGUGUCUGGUUGGUUUAGUCAGUAGAGCAUGUAGUUCUUGAUCUCAGAGUUUUAAGUUUGAGUGAGGCCCAUGUUGGGUGUAGAGAGUACUUAAAAUCUUUUUUAAAAUUGCUCUGUAAAAGUUAGCCUCAACCAGUAAUGUUCUAAAAAAUCCAUCAAGUGAAUUAAAUCCUACAUAUCCACUUCAUUCGAGCAGCUACUCUUACCAGUUUCCUGAAAUAAAGUGCUUACUUACAUUAGGAAAAUUGCCUCUCAAAUACUUGAUUUACAGUUGUUGGUCUGGAAAUUGAUCUCUUACACGGGCUUUAGGAGUGAAGGGAUCUAUGCCUGAUUUCUUCACCACCCUCACCACCCCCACCAAUUCUUUACUUUGAAAAGUUUCAAACCCAUUAAAUCUGAAAAGAAUAAGAAAGAAAUGUUGAAUAAAUACUUCCAUAUUCCUCACUUAUAUUCUUCAGUUGUUAGCAUUUUGCUAUACAUUGGGUCUCCGUCUCUCUCUCUGUACUAAAGCAUUUGGCAGUAAAUAGACAAUUAUUUUGCUGUAUUUAAGCAUGUAUCUCCAAUAAACAUACUAUCAUUAUCUUGUCCCCCAAAUUUACAAUAAAUACAAUACCUAAUAUUCGGACCAUAUUCAAAUUUCCCCCACUUGCUUCCCUAAAUGUGCUUCAUGGCUGGCUUUCACCCUGAUACAGGAUCCAGUCAAGGAUCAUGCAUUACCCUUGGUUGCCAUGUUCCUUUAACCAUUUUUUCCUUUAGCCUCUUUUAUAUGGAUCAGUCGCCCUACCUUUUUGUUUUUGAUGUUUGAGACAUUAACAUUUUUCAAAGGCCAGACCAGGUGCCUUGUAGAAAGUCCUGAAAUCUGCAUUUGUCUGAUUGUUUCCUCAUGUUUAGAUUCAGACUAACCAUCUUUGGCCAGAAAGUUACAUAGGCAAUAUCAAGUAUUUCCCAUCACAUCAUGUCAGGAGGCACCUGUUAACUUCUUCCAGAAUUGGUAGUGCCUGAUUUUUUUUUUCUACUUGGAAAAUAAAACUAAUAAUGAUUCUUGUCAUCUAGAAGAUUUCAGGA